AGCCCAAUUUUCUGCCUGAAAGCAACUGUGAAAGAAGCCAAGGGGAUUUUGGGUAAAGAUGUCAGUGGGUUCAGUGACCCGUACUGUCUGCUGGGCAUCGAGGCCAAGAGCCAGGAACUGGCCCACCCUGAACACAAGCGGCGGAUGAAGGCUGUGGUCAAGGACUUCAUCCCUGAAGACCAGAUCCAUCGCACACAAGUCAUAAGGCAGACCCUCAGCCCGGUCUGGGAAGAGACAUUUAUCCUGGAGUUUGAAGACGUGGAGACAGCCAGCUUCCACCUGGACAUGUGGGACUCGGACACGGUGGAGUCGGUGCGGCACAAGCUGGGGGAGCUGACGGACCUCCACGGCCUCAAACGGAUCUUUAAGGAUGCUCGCAAAGACAAAGGGCAGGAUGAUUUCCUGGGGAACGUGGUCCUUCGCCUGAAGGACCUGCACUGCUGGGAUGACCAGUGGUACCAGCUGGAGCCCCGGACGGAGACGUACCCCAACCGAGGACAGUGCAAGUUAUGGUUAUCGCUUUUAUGCCUUGUCUCUUUUCAGAGGGCCACCAAGAGCAGCCGGACGCAGCCGAGCUACACUGUCCAUCGGCACCUCCUGCAGCAGCUGGUGUCCUAUGAGAUCCUGCAGCACCAGGCUGGCAGCAUCGCCUGGGAUGGGGAGCUGAGCAGGCACGCCAGCACCGUGCUAUACCUGCACGCCACGCAGAAGGAUCUCUCCGACUUCCACCAAGUCAUGGCGCAGUGGCUGGCGUACAGCAAACUCUACCAGAGCCUGGAGUUCAACAGCAACUGCCUGCUCCACCAGAUCACCAGCAUCGAGUACCAGUGGGUGCAGGAGCGCCUGAGGCCAGAGCAGAAAGCAGAGCUGGCCGAGUCCUUCCAGUCCCUGCUGACUUACGGCGUCUCCCUCAUCCGGAGGUACCGCAUCAUUUUCCCCCUCUCUGUCCCAAGGUCCAAGGAGAGGCUCCAGUCCCUGCUCCGGGUCCUGGUCCAGAUGUGCAAAAUGAAAGCUUUCCACGAGCUGUGCACGCUCAGCCCCGACCUCCCCGGGAUGGUCUCCACGGCGCUGAAGUCAGGCACGACGGAGUGGUUUCACAUGAAGAAGCAGCACCUCAAGCCCAUGGUGAAGAGCAUGGAGGAGAAUGGCAAAGCCUUGUCUAGACUCCUCCUGGAGGUGAUAGGAGAUCUCCAGGAGUGCCAGAAAAUCUGGAAUAAAUUCUUCAUCAACGCCUUGAAGUUGAAUCUCUUCUCCAUCGCUUACCUGGAGCUGGAGAGCCUGGUCGCAGAGCAUGUCCAGGAGCAGCUGCGCAAGGUGGACAGCAGCAUGUCCAAGCCCACGGCCGAGAGCCUUUUCCAGCUCUACAUGAACCUGCAGGAGCUCUAUCGGAUGAAGGACUUCCUCCCAAAGAGGGAUGGACCUCUGGCUCUGUGCCAUUUCCACCAGUGGUUCAAGGAAGCUGUGCCCCAGUGGCUGCAGAAGGCCUACACCAUCGCACUGGAGAGGGCACAGAGAGCCGUCCAGAUGGAUCAGCUGACACCCUUCGGGGAGCACAACAAGCACAGCACGUCCACCGUUGACCUGUCCACCUGCUACGCCCAGAUCGUGAAGACCUGGCAGCAGCUCAACUGGCCAGACCCCGAGGAAGCCUUCAUGAUCAUGGUGAAGCUCGUGGAGGACAUGUGCAAAAUCGCCCUGAUGUACUGCCGGCUCGUCAAGGAGAGGGCUGAGGCUCUGUCGCUCAGCAAGCAGAACGAGGGCGAAGCGGCCAACAGGCUCUGCAUCGUGGUGAACAACAUCAAGCAGCUGCGGCUGCUGAUCCUGAAGCUGCCGUCACAGCUGGACUGGGCCCAGCUGGAGCAGCGCACAGAGGCCAUCAUCGACCGGCAGCAGAUCCAGCACACGCUGCACAACCAGCUCGACAGCACCGUCUCCUGCCUGGACCAUGAGGUCCGGGACGUGGUACAAGCCCUGGCCACCAAGCUGGAAAAGGGCAUCGCCAGACACAUCCAGGAGCUCUCAUCUUCCAAUGACACCCGGGAGCCCGAGGACUCCAUCAUCCCGCUCAUGAAGUUCCUGGAGUCGGAGCUGCAGUAUCUCAAUGAGCAUCUGGUCCAAGAGAACUUCAAAAGCCUCCUCACUCUCCUCUGGCAUCACACCUUGGCCGUGCUGUCAGCAGCCGCAGGGCAGCAGGUCCCCUUGGCCCAGCGCUACAAGAAGCUCCACUGUGCCCUGAAGAGCCUGGAGCUGUGCUUCCACGCCGAGGGCUGUGGGCUGCCACUGGAGACCCUCCACACUGCAGCCUUCCUGUCACUGGAGACCCACCUGGCCCUCUGCUCUGCCAGCAGCCGCAAACUCAUCCAGAAAUACUUCAGCAACAGGAUCCAGCAACAGCUGGACACCAGCUCGGAGAAGUACGGGGCCGUGACGAUCAAAGCACUGUACCGUCCUUCGGAGCAGAAACUCCACGUGGAAGUGCUCAACGCUGUCAAUCUCAUCCCACUGGACUCCAACG